GUACCGCAUUUUUGCGGCGAGUUCGGUUCUGCAUUUGAUAUAGGUAACGAAAAAUCGUAUAAGGUCAAACGUGUUUAGACUCAGUUAUUAUGUGUAAUUAUCUCACAUGAAUUGUAAUUAAAAUUUAUAAUAAUACGUCUUGAAUCGGUGUGUUUGUGUAAAAACCAUACAAUUUAACCUAACAAAUUUUGGUAGUACUGUAAGUAAAUAUAAUAAUAGCCGAAAUCCUGCUCUUCUGCACCAUAGUACGAUCCUACAAUAGUUUUAAAAACCAGUUUCUUAGUACGGACUGUUUGAUAUUAUUCGUAUCGCUAGGUUUAAAAUAUGUGUGAGGAAUACAAUGUCUAUUAGGCAAUAAUACAAAAGUGAUUAGUUUUGUCGAAUCGUCGAGCAUUAUGUUAACCGGAAAGUGAAAAAUGAAGUGUUUAGACUGGAAAAUCAUGGUCAAGGUAAGGGAACCUCUUGCUACUUGCUACAUACAUACAUAGAGUUCAAUUUUAAUCAGGGUCAUCAUAUGAUUAUCUGCACAAGUGCAAUAGAUAGCCCACUUUACAUCCCAUUCACAUAAUAACAUUAACAUCUGCAUCUGCAUCUCUGCAUCAAUAACAUUAUUGGACUUAGACGAUCAAAUUUUAAAAUAAAUGUGGAAUUGUGAAGAAUUUAGAAAAAAAACUGUAAAGUUAAUACCAUUAUCAAAGGCAUGAUUUAUUCAUAGUUGUAGUUAAAGCAUGUCCGGCUCCGUAUAGUCGAAUUAUCUUCAAUAGGUUAUGGAUUUAGGUCAUUUUUGGGUCAAUCGGAGAUUGCAGCUUAAUGAAGAAAUUAUGAAGAAAACAGAACAUUGUUAUGUAAGAUCAAUCAUAAAAUUAAUGUGAAGAAACACUUUUCUACCUCCCCCGGUAACUUUCAAAGUUUUAUUAGAUAAACCAAAAUGUUCAGGCUUUGCGCAAUAAAAUUAUCGGUUCGCGACAAGAACGCGAUAAAAUUGAGUAAAAAUUUUCGAAAUCCCAACGGUUAAUAUUAGUCCUUGUAUUGUCAUUGAUGUUGUGUUUAAAAUAUGUUAUAAAUUUAGCGUAUCAAAUGAAUGAUAAACUGCACCUUUUUGGUAAAGUCCGAUAAUUCGGACCUUAUAUAUUAGGACCGUUCAUGCGGCGAAUUUCAGUUGGGUGUUGUGAGGCAUUUGGGCAUAUUGAAACCAAAUUCGAUAGGUAUAGUAUUUCUGAAGAAACUUGGAAAAUCAUGGCAGGCAGCAUUAUGGCCAUGGCAGCAUUCGCUGUCUUUUUAAUAAUCGGUAUUAAAGCAGCUCAUAUAAGUGGUAAGAACAACGACAAACCUCUGCAAAUGGUUCAUAUCGUCAUGAGGCAUGGGGCUAGGACUCCAGCCAGUACUUAUCCUAAUGAUCCUUACAAAGACGAUCCCUUAUACCCCGUGGGCUGGGGACAAUUAACCAACCCUGGAAAACUCACUUUAUUCAAAAUCGGCAGAUACUUCAGACAAAGAUACGGUAACUUUUUAGGCGACCGGUACUCACCUGACGAGUUUUACACGCAAUCGACGGACGUAGAUAGAACUAAAGCCAGUAUGCAACUGGUUAACGCUGGUCUAUGGCCCCCGAAAGGAGACCAACAAUGGGGUCCUCUCCAUUGGCAACCCAUACCCAUUCAUUCGGAACCCCUAGAAGAAGAUUCGUUAUUGUUAGUGAGGAGACCAUGCCCAAAGUACCACGUCGAAAAAUCUAAAGUUAUCCAAUCGGAAGAAGUUCAAAAGAUGUAUAAACAAUACGAAGAGCUCUUCAAAAAUUUGACCGAAAUUACAGGACAGAAAACUGACGAUUUCGAAGGAGUACAAGAUAUCUACACAACCUUGUUAUCAGAGGUUGGCUACAAUUUAACAAUACCUGAAUGGACCAAGGACUAUUACCCCGAAAAGAUGUACUUCCCAACCAUCAAAAGCUUCGUUUUGAAUGCUUACAACGACGAAAUGAACCGACUGAGAGGAGGAGUUUUAUUGAAAAAGUUGAUAGAAGACUGGACUGCCAAAUCAGAAGGAAAACCAUCCAAAAAAGCUUUCCUGUACGGCGGACACGACGGCACCAUCGUUAAUUUACUAAGUGCUCUGAAAGUAUGGGACGAACAAGUUCCGAAUUAUGCUAUAACAAUUCUCUUCGAAUUGCGCAAGGAUACUCAUACAAACGAAUUUGGAGUCGAGAUGUUCCUUAGAAACGUCACCGAUGCCCCUCCGUUCAAAUUAACCGUACCUGGAUGUGAUCAUUUCUGCCCUCUUACUAAAUUAGUGGAACUGACAAAGAACGUCAUACCUGAAAAUUGGGAAGAAGAGUGCAAAAUUGACGACAAAGAUUUCGUUGUACCUGAAUUACGCGGACCGUAGAAACUAUACAUCUACUCGAUCUACUGUAAAAGCAAUGACAAUUUGAAGAA